GCAGAAUACAUCUAUUUGAAAUGAUAAGGCACUUGAUAUCGAGGUUCUUUGGGAGAUCCGGCAUUCAGCAUUAUAAAGUUAUUUCAUUCUCCCGUUCUCUACAAGUUAUUUACUCAUUGUUUGGCGGCAAGAACCCCACGAUUCAUUCCUUUACAUUCUACGUACCUCAACUUCUAUUCUAUUUCUCAUAUUAUAUCUGCAGUGCAAUCAUUUUACUGUUUCCGAAAGUUAUUUUUUCCCCACAUCUAUACAUUCAGAAUCUAUCGCGAGAUCACCAAAAUAUACAAUGCAAUUCUCAAUCUUUGCUCUCAUCCCACUCCUCGCUUUCGUGACGGCCGCUCCAACUACCACCAAAAGUAGAGCAAGCCUCGUUCAAACCUGUGCAAAAGCCGACCUUGGUAAAUCAUGCAAUGCUGGCUUCAUUAGUGGCGUUGCAGCAACCGGCCUUUGCACUUCUGUUAUCAUCAACGUUGAAAGCGGCAUAUUUGCAUGCUCUGUUGGAACAACAAGCACGGCGACUUCUCCUAGAGCAUCCACCUCUGUCUAUGGUGAUGCAGCGACGGACAAAGGAAAGCAUUUGAAGGAUUUGAGAAGGAUUGUUGAAAGAGGCAUCCCGGUGUUUUGAAGUCGGAUGGGUGAAAGUGUUUGAAUUAUGAGGGAGGAUAAAAGGAAAGAAGAUGAUAUAUGCUGGACAAAUCUUUGAUCGGAUCCUUUAUUUUCUUACGCUCUUUAAGCAAAGCUAUUUCCUUCAAUUGGUGGCAUAUUGAAGUGGCAUACAGCGGGGUAUGAAUGAAUAUGAAGCGCUAUGAACGAGUAUCAAGCCAUCACUUGACUGUGAAUCAAACUUUAGAAUCUACCUACCAUUGGCUCGUUCAGUUUUCCAUUUUUCAACAAAUUUUUAGUUACAAAAUGGAUAAUAUGGUGUUUUGCUAGAUACAUGCAUGCAGGGUCGGCCACUUAGCAUCUGUUUCUUUGCACAAAUUUGACUGGGCUCCCCGCAUUAAGCAUUGAUCCAUUGCAACAAACUAAACACAUCAUACAUAGAUACAAAUCAACUUUUUUUAGAGAUAUCCCGACCGCAGCCUAACAGUGGAAUCAUUUUCUAGAUCUGAAGGCCCCAUGGUGAAGAUACAUCAGCAAUACUGCCUCUUCAAGAAGAAUCGGCGGAAGGGGACAGGGUAAGAAGACAAGGAGAUGUAAAGAUAGGGUAGGGAGAUAAUUUCCGUUAUCGAGAGAUAAUGAUGGAGAAAAAUAAACGAUCAGGAUGCAUAAAGGCGGGCCA